UCGAGCGGGCCGUGCGGACGCCAUCUUGCCGUCAGUUCGCGCCAAAAUAGUGCUGUGCGAUAUAGUGCGGUGUCAGUGUUACCGGUGUUUGUGUGUGAAAAAAAAGUUCGGGAAAUUCAAGGUACUUAAAUACGCACGCAGGAAAAUACUCGUUCGUCUUCUAGGAGAUAAUAGAGGAUAUCACAAGAUGAGACUGAAGUUACCGAUAACGAGUACAUAGCGUAGCUGAUGUCAUCGCAAAAAAACAGAAAAUACCGAUGAUAACGAAUCACCGUUAUAAGUAACCAACGAUACCGUGGAUAACGGUGCGAAUAAACAAAUGACAGAUGAAACCGGCCCCACAGACAAACAAGAAGAUGGCGAUAACGUAAAAACCGAAAACGAACCGAAAGAACCGAAGAGAACCGUUUCUUUUAACAGAGACGUACACGUCAAGAGAUUCGGAAAACCGCGCGAGCGGGGAACCUCUAAGGAACCCCCUGCGACUAUACGCAAGGAGCCUCCUCCGACUAUACGCAAGGAGCCCUUCACACACCUCUCGGAGCAAGAACUCAUCGACGAGGCCAACCGGGUGCGCGCGCAGGCCGACAGCGUCACCUGCACCUCCGACAACCCGGAGAAGUUCUUCUCCCUCCCACACAGGCGGAAGAAAGAGGACAGAACCAACAGGAGGAACAGCGAUGACAACAGCGACAAAAAAGCACCUUUAGAACGUUCCAUCAGCGAUGUAGGCUCCAAGAAGAAGAAAGAACGAACCUCCAUUUCAACGCUGUUCAGACGAGCUAAAGAACAGCGGAAUAAAACUUCAGACGUUCCCGUUGUUGUUACUGCUAAGCCUGCUGUUGUAGUGAAAAGAAGCAAAAGUGAUGUGUCGGACCUCAAAUCGAACACUAACUUGAACACACAACCUAAACCUAUCCGCAAAAGAUCAGGCAGUGAGUCAGAGGAAUUUUUAAAGUCACUAAGAAAUAAGAAGACUCAACUAUCACCCAUCAUUGAAAGUUCGCCGAGAGAAGAUUACUUUAAAAAAACUCCGCCUCUUGAAGUGUUUCAAAAACAGAAACUAUCCCAAAAAGAUAGUACCAAAUCUGAAGAACUUAGUCCUAGUGAAAGCUCUAAAGUUAACCCGAUAGAAAAACCUCCCAGAUAUAAAACACCUGAGAAAAAGCCAGAACCUAAACCACCAGCAAGAACUAAAAAGGGCAAAUCUCCUGAUAAGGACAAUGAAAAAUCACCAUCCAUAAAAGAAACGCCUAAACGAAAAACAGAAGUUAAGAAGACACUUUUGGUCGAUGAAAUUGAUUCUAUAAAAGCUAAAGAUAUAAACCCUGUUGAACUUAAGGAUAGAAUCAAGGAUAGCAUUAGAAAGAUCGAAGAAAACGUUUAUGCUGGUAAAGAUAUGAUACACAGUAGUCAACAGCCACCGGAUAAGCCUCCGCUGACUAGAGGAAAUACUGUUGAUCAUAUGGUAAAGCUCCUUAAGGAGGACCAGCACUCUCCUCCUCCAAAAACACAUUUAAUAUCUCCACCUAACGGGACUAACGUUAAUCAACCAUUUUCAUACACUAAGCCUAGUGUGAGUCCUGAUCCUAAUUUGUUUGCCAGAAAUACUAGUCCAGAUCGAGUGCCCUCGCCUGUUAAUAAAAUGACGGAUAGAGGGGUUGUAUACGCUCAUGUAGUGAGAGAUCUCGGAGACACGAAAUCGAAUAAUGUUACCAAGCAGACUGUUCACAAAACCUUUACUCCUCCCAGAGACAGAUAUGCUCAGCACUCUGAUGAGGAUGAAGGACUCGGGUAUGAGGAAAGGUACAAAUAUUCCAAUAACCGUUCGCACGAGUCAGAAUACAAAAAUAAAACGACGCACAAAAACUCUGAAACUUAUAAAAUUAUUGAUUCACCAAUAAGGCCGAGAUUCAGAGAAUACAAACUGACAAGCUUUGACGAUAUUGAACCAACAUAUGCUAACGAGUAUCCCAUAAAAGAAGACAAAUCUAGAGAUUUCAUUGAAACUUCUAGAGGACAAGCUGACGGUAUGGAUACUAAAAGGAAACACUUUGAGAGUGAAGAUAAAGUUGAUUUAGAUUUUAAUGAAUUAAGUCACAGACGACAGUUAUUGGAGUCAAGAUUGAAUGCCCGAAGGUAUGAUCGCGAUAGGAUCAAUACAGGAGAGCCAAUAACAAAGUAUCUAGUCGAAACUGAUCCAAUCUAUGAAGCUGAAAAACGAAGACUCGCUACUGAGAAAUAUGUCAAUGAAACAGCAAAGUAUUACCGUCAUACCGUAGAACGUGACGGCUUUGCUGAGAGUAGCAUCACUGAAGAUUACAAUAAGUAUGAUUCAGAUAAUCAUAAACUGAAAUAUAAUACGGAAUCUAGAACUUUCCAUAAAGUUUCCAAAAAUGAGUUAGACCGGCGUGAAUUUAUUGAUAAAUUAGAGCCCAUGGACAAAAUUGCAGAGAAAAGAAAUGGGUUCCCACCAGAACCAGAGUAUGAACCUCCAAGUUUAGAAAUUAACGUUGGAAAACCAGUGCUUACUCCCGAUGAAUACAAGGAGCAGAAAUAUAGGAUCAAGAAACAUUUGACUUCUAGUCACGACGUUAUCCAAAGUGGACAUAAGUAUAGGAAAGACGAGGGCUUCGGUAAGAGGAAGGGGCAUUACGCUUCUAAUCCAGAAAUUGCUCAAGAAAGGGAAGAAGAGUAUGCAAACAUUCGCAACGACGCGAAGCAUGCAGAGUCCUAUCACAACUCUCUCCGUCGAAUGAAGAACAAGGAUAAAUACUACAAGGAAGACUAUAGUAUACGUCGUCACGAUUCUGGAAACAGCCGGGAUUACUACCGCGAAGAAACUCCGCGGCGAUAUGAAGUUGACAACCGACUAGUCGAUUCUGGAAUCGAGAAUGAUUUCCGUAAAGAUUCUUGUGGAGAAAUACAUAGAUCUCGAAGACAUGGCAGCAUAGAUGACGUUCGUAACACGUCUCUGCUCUUGGCUAGCGAACGACAGCAUACAGAAGACAACUAUCCCAGUGAACAGAUAUAUGCCAACGGUGAAUAUACGGCUCGCUUUGAAGACUAUAGGCCCGACGGUUAUCGGAAAGAUGGCUACGUACCAAGAGAGAGGAGCGCUGAUGAUGGUUCUCACUUUGAACCCCGAGGCGAGAGGUACGAAAAAAGUACAAGCCGUGACGAUAAAAUCAGUGCGAAACCGCCUAAAGUUACGAAGAAACUAUCUGGACUGGAGAAGAUGAAACAGCUGUUCUCUCGCGACUCUUCCAAGAAGAGCAAGAAGGAGAAAGAGGUCCAGCCGAAGCCACGCACCAGGGUGCUCAAGAGCCCGGAACAUCUUGCCGGAGAUGACUCCGACUACAGAAGAUAUACAGACCCUGAGCCCAGCGACAUCGAUGUUAGGAAGAAGGACGACCCCAAGGAAGAGAGAAAGUACAAAGAUGACAGGAGAUAUGAGAAGGAGGAAAGGUACAGAGGUUCCCGGGAGAACCUGGAGCGGUACCGGCCUUCGGAGCAACGAGACAGCGACCCUGAGAGGAAAUACAAGGAAACUGAACUGGAGAGAAGUAGAUACGAAAGAACGCUAAAAGAAGAACGAAAGUACCAGGAGCGAAGAGAAGCGAGGCGGUACAACUCCUCGGAUAGAGAGAGCGAGCUGCGACCUUCGGACGAUGACCGCAGGCGGACCAAGUCUAGGACGGCGCCGCCUCCUGACUCUCCAGCUUUGGCGCAGCGUUACCGCGAGCGACGGCGCCUGGCCACGCCGAGCCCCACCCCCUCCCCGCCGCGCACGCAGAGCUGGUUCAAGUCUCUAGACAGACUAUCCAGGAAUAAAAACGUCAAGACGGAGAAAGAAAUCGCUCCAGUAGACCGAAGCUACAAACCCAAGCUGAACUCCCCAGCCAAGAACCUCCGCUUCUUCGGCGACACGGACGUCGAAUCCGACACCAAACACACCACCGUCAAACCACACGGGACCCUCCGCAAAACCGUCUCCAACUCAACGUCUGGGCUUGAUGAAGUCGACCACGCUGAGCUGAAUAAAAGCUACUCCUUAUCCAACCUGGAUAAAAGCGACAAGAAGUAUUACAAGAGGAAUCUUCACAACAUAUCUGAGAUGCAGUCCGAAGAUAGCCAGCGUGGGCUGAAGCCCCCGAUGAGUCCAUAUGACAGGUCGAGGAGUCACAGUAGCUCGAAGACGCUGAAGAAUGGAAGGAGAGAGCGAGGGAGUUCAUCGGAGCUGAGGAGUAGCAAGCAGGAUCUCAACAAGGAUUACAAAUAUCGUCGCCGCACGCCGGCGCACUCUGGCGAGAGCAGUACAGAGGGAGACUCCAGCCACCAGUCGCAACGCAGCGUGGUCUACCUGCACGCUACCACCGUCGGUGACAUCCCGGACCCCGGCCGCGUGACCCGCAACCGCUCCCGUGACGACGUCUCUUCAGUCAACUCCUCCAACCUUCAGGUCCGGAGCACCACCAAGAGUUUCUCCCUCUUCGCCCCCUGGACCCCCCGGUUACCCCCCGACCACCAGGAUUUACACUACGCACAGCGACCGAAGAAGGAAGCCACAUUACAGAAAAACAAGUCAUACUCCCAGUCUACCCUGACAAGAAGGCCAGUGAACAACAGGCUUACCAGCUCCAGUACAACUCUUCAUAGGAAACCAGAUAGUAAACACCGUAGGGAUGGGCAAAGGAGUCAGUCAAGUGAGAUCCUGAAUAGGGAUAGAGUGUCCAGGUCCAUCUCUAUGCCAAAAGACGAGAAGAAGGCGGGAUGGUUCAAACUGUCCAAUAAGAAGAAACCGGAGACGACUAGAGUCCGCUAAUGAUUAGGAUUUAAAACUCGGCCACACAUGCGCGUUUUGAGAGCGUAGGCGGAGCGUUAGCGGAGCUCAAUGAUAGCAGUGCGCCGGACAGAUGCUGGCGUUGCGCCCAGCGGACGCCGGCGGGAACUAACGCGUAUUUAGAGCGCUUUCUGCUCCGCUAACGCUACGCUAUCAAAACGCUUUAUGUGUGACGGAGGCUUCAUGGUAUCAGUACUUAACUAAAUUGUAGGGGACGUAUUUGGGGCGAUAGAUUGUAUAAUUUUGGAAAAUUUGACAAUAUUGCCAAUAUGUCUUCUACUAGCUUUAUCAAAUAAUACUGUAAAAUUAUCUGACAAAAAAAUUAAGGCCGUUUCAGAUGAUAAAAUUGACCAAUUUAAUAAAAAAGGUAUUAGCGUCAAUGAGGAGGCACUCCUGCCAUAACUCAAAGGUUAUGGCAGAUGGCGCCACUUUAUUAGUCCAUUGCACAGAUAAAGAAUUUCAUACGAGAGCGCGGAGAUAUUUUUUUCUCUCACACACAUAAUUAUGAUUGACAGUGAUUAUGCCUAGACCAGACUCUUGUACAGGCGCCGCCUGGCGGGAUCAAAUGUCAGCGUGCCUCCUCAUUUUGCGUUAUCACUGAUGUGAAAAAUAAUCGAAUUGGAAAUUGUCUCGUCUGGACCGGCUUUUAGACAUUACUUUCUUAACAUUAUGGUGCUAUAAUAAUAUGCCUUCAAUAUAUAUUUUACACACAAUAUUAAUGUUGAUAAUAAGUGCCAUUGACGUGUAUUUCUAACGUUACCAGAUGUCUUUAACGCUUGCAAUGUAGAAUAAUCUUUAUUUUAAAAUUAGGGGUGACUAUGAACUAUAUUUCAUAUGGGGUGACUUAGUCAUUUAUUCCAUUUAAUGCUUUUUCACUAA